AUGACGAACAGCCCGGAAAAGUCAAGACAAGACCUGGUUUGGAAAGUGGAAACCGGAGGUGCGAGCAGGCGGGUGCGGCGGAUGUAACCGCCUUUUUUGUUCUCAUGCCUAUGGCUGAAGGGAAAAAGCCCUCGGCUCCCGGGUUUGGUGCUAUCCUCGUGCUCGGAGGGAGAAAGUACCAUACUUUACGGAUAUAUAGAGAAGUCAGAUGUAGACUAUUCCGGGCUGUCGGGCACAGGCGAUAGCUAUAUUACAGAGUUGUGAG